AUCUGCAGAUAUGUGUCCAGAUGUUGUGCAUGCUGGUAUCUCAAAAGGAGCCCUGGCUGUGGCCGGGGGGCAGUGGGCCAUGCCGGGGGCAGUGGAAGGCCCCAACUGGAAGCAGGCGGAGAACAUUAGGGACAUUUACGACUUCCGUGAUGUUCUGGGAACUGGGGCCUUCUCAGAGGUAAUCCUGGCAGAAGACAAAAGGACUCAGAAGCUGGUGGCCAUCAAAUGCAUCGCCAAGAAGGCUCUGGAGGGCAAGGAGGGCAGCAUGGAAAAUGAGAUUGCUGUGCUGCACAAGAUCAAGCACCCCAACAUUGUUGCCCUGGAUGACAUCUAUGAGAGUGGGGGCCACCUCUAUCUCAUCAUGCAGCUGGUGUCAGGAGGGGAGCUGUUUGACCGCAUUGUGGAAAAAGGCUUUUACACAGAGCGGGACGCCAGCCGUCUUAUAUUCCAAGUGCUGGAUGCUGUCAAAUACCUGCAUGACCUGGGCAUUGUACACCGGGACCUCAAGCCAGAGAAUCUGCUGUACUACAACCUGGAUGAAGACUCCAAGAUUAUGAUCUCUGACUUUGGCCUCUCCAAGAUGGAGGACCCUGGCAGUGUACUCUCCACGGCCUGCGGGACUCCGGGAUACGUGGCCCCUGAAGUCCUGGCCCAGAAACCCUACAGCAAGGCAGUGGAUUGCUGGUCCAUUGGAGUCAUUGCCUAUAUCCUGCUCUGCGGUUACCCCCCCUUCUAUGACGAGAAUGAUGCCAAACUCUUUGAACAGAUUUUGAAGGCCGAGUACGAGUUUGACUCUCCUUACUGGGACGACAUCUCUGACUCUGCCAAAGAUUUCAUCAGGCACCUGAUGGAGAAGGAUCCAGAGAAGAGGUUCACCUGUGAGCAGGCCUUGCAGCACCCAUGGAUUGCAGGUGAUACGGCUCUAGAUAAGAAUAUUCACCAGUCAGUGAGUGAGCAGAUCAAGAAGAACUUUGCCAAGAGCAAGUGGAAGCAAGCCUUCAAUGCCACGGCUGUGGUGCGGCACAUGAGGAAGCUACAGCUGGGCACCAGCCAGGAGGGGCAGGGACCGACGGCGAGCCACGGGGAGCUGCUGACACCAGCAGCUGGGGGGCCAGUGGCUGGCUGCUGUUGUCGAGACUGCUGUGUGGAGCCAGGCCCGGAAAUGUCCCCCAGGCUGUCCCCCCAGCUCUAGGUCCCUGGAUCCAGGGUCAGGAUCCCCUGUGUGUGAGAGAUUGGGGGCAGACUGCUCCCCUUCUCUCCUUCAACUGGGGUUACCCUGUUCCACCCAACCCCACCCCACCCCUUUUCCUACCACUCCCCCACUGCAUUUUCCAUACAAAUGUUUCUAUUUUAUUGUUCCUUCUUGUAAUAAAGGGAAGAGGAUAAAACCA